GUUGAAUUUAGAAUUUUUACACAUUUUUGAUAUUAAUAGUCUAACUUAAAAAAAAGUCUAAGAAACUUCAAAAAAUACAAGACUCUCAAAAUAUUUCAAAAACCAUGAGAGAUGAGCCAGUUGUAAUUCGAUUAGCAAUUUGUGGAGCAAAAAAUAGUGGAAAAUCAGCGCUCGCGGUGAGAUUUCUAACACGAAGAUUUAUUGGAGAAUAUGAUUCUAACCAAGAUGUUAUUUUUGAGAGAUCAAUUGUAUUAGCAGAUAAAAAAGUUGAACUGCAAGUAAACGAUACUACUGAAAAGGAAUGGAUAAAAAAUCCUCAAAAGCUUAUAAAUUGGGCAACAGUAAUUGUCGUAGUGUAUUCAAUAACAGAUUAUGGAAGCUUUUUAGUGGCACGUAAUAUAUUAAAUGCAUUGCAUAGCAUAAAACCACUUUGCUCUGAACUAACUUUGCUUGUAGGAAACAAAAAAGACUUGAAACACUUUAGAACUGUCAAGAAGAGCGAAGCAAAAAAUUUAGCAAUGACUUUUGGUAUGAAGUUUAUUGAAUGUUCUGCAGCCGAAAAUUAUGAUGAAAUUCAUGGUUCUUUUACACGACUCUUUUUUUCCCAUUUACUACUUUUAAAAAAUAGUUCCGAUGAAUUGGAAGAAGAAACUCUUCCGGGAAGAAGAAAAUCAUUUCUUUCGACCCUUUUGCCAAAACCUAAUUUUGAUCAAAAUUUAACAAAUAACUUAGAACAAAAUAUAAAAGGUUUAAACAGCGCAAAACAACCGGAAGUUAAAAAUGCAAGUAAUAAAUUAUCAUUGAGAAGAAAGAUUUCUGGAAUAGGUUCUCGUUUAGUUGGGACCCAAGUUACAAAGUAGUUGUUUGUAUUUUUCUGUUUAAAUAUUAGAAAUAAAGUACGCAUUUAAAUAUAUUUAUAGAAAUAAAAGUAUGAAAGGUUGUAAAUAUGUCAAACAAUAUCUGCCAAAGAUUACGCGUUUUAUAAAACUAACUUUUGUAAAAUAUUUACGUAUCUUAGUUACGAGUAUUUAUAAUAUGUUAAUAAAUCGUUUUUUCCUAA